AUGAUCAUAGAAAAUGCCACAGAAUUUUUCAUCGAUGGUACUUUCAAAGUAGUACCACAAAUCUUUUUUCAAUUAUUUGCUAUACACGCCAGUUAUCGUGAUCAUGUUAUACAAGUGACAUUUAUUCUUUUAUCAUCGAAGAAGGAAGAAAUUUAUCAAGUAAUGGUUGAUGAAAUUAUCCAGUUGGCGCCAGCAUGGCAACCACAGAGAGUAAUGAUGGAUUUCGAAAAAGCUACAAUAAAUGUAUUUAAUCGUGCGUUUCCAGUAGUCGAAUUAAGUGGUUGCUACUUUCACAUCUGUCAAAGUGUUCCUCGGUUUCUCCUGACACACGGUUUCAAGCAACUGUAUGAGACAGAUGUGACAUUUGCUGAUAACAUACACAAGAUAAUAGCAUUAGCAUUUAUUGAACCCUCUAUGGUUAUCGAUGGUUUUGUAUUAUUAUGUUCGAAUCUUGAUUAUGAUUAUCAACAGUUAUUAGAUUAUAUAGGGGAUAAUUAUAUCGGACGAUUACGUGGGCGUACAAGAAGACAAGUAUCUUAUCCAAUUGAUUUUUGGAAUAUAGUAACACGUGUCAAAAGUGAUUUACAUCGAACCAAUAAUAAUUUCGAGGGUUGGCAUAGAAAAUUAAAUUGCGCUUUUCAAUGUAGUCAUCCAUCUUUAUGGACAUUUUUAGACAAAUUGAUCAAAGAAGAAAACAACAUACAUUCGGACAUUAUUAAUGCGAUGACAGGAAGACAACCACCGGUAGGAAAAUAUGAAUCAUUCAAUAGACGACUCAAACAACUGAUUGAAAAUCCGCAUUCAAAUUUUUAUGACCAAUUAACAUGCGUUGGACGUUUAUUGUCUCUAUAA